GUGUCUAGUGCUGUUUCGUCGCCCUCCACCCUGUCCUGUGCCAUUGGCCAAUCAGCUCCCCCUCCUCAUCCUGCCAUCCAAGAACCCACACACGCAGGAAACAAAAUCCUACGCGCCGCAACCAUCCAAGAACCCGUACCUCGAGACCAUCACUGUAUACAGGAGGAGCUGCGCGGUGGCGGUGCCAUCCGAUCCGAUCCGGCCGGCCGACCCGUGCCGGAACCAAUCGACCCGAGGAGCUCGCGAUCGCGAUCAUGAACGGAGGGAUGGACAUGGGGGGAGGAGGCGGGGGCGGGCGGCAGGAGCUGUCGGCGGACAACGUGCGGGGGAUAGUGCUCGCGCUCCUCUCCAGCGGCUUCAUCGGCUCCAGCUUCAUCAUCAAGAAGAAGGGACUCCGCCGCGCCGCCCUCGCCUCCGGCAUCAGCGCAGGGGUGGGUGGGCACUCCUACCUCAAGGAGCCCCUAUGGUGGGUCGGCAUGAUCACCAUGAUCGUGGGAGAGAUCGCCAAUUUCGUGGCCUACGCCUUCGCCCCCGCGGUGCUGGUUACUCCUCUUGGUGCAUUGAGCAUAAUCGUCAGCGCAGUGCUGGCCCAUUUCAUCCUGAACGAGAGACUGCACGCGCUAGGGGUCCUCGGCUGCGUGAUGUGCAUCGCGGGGUCGAUGGUCAUCGUCAUCCACGCGCCGGUGGAGCAGGAGAUCACGUCGGUCAAGGAGAUAUGGCACAUGGCGACACAACCAUCUUUCUUGCUAUAUGUUGCCUCGGUCAUAGUCCUGGUCUCUGUGCUGGUGUUCCAUUUAUCCCCUCUCUGGGGGCAGUCCAACGUGUUGAUCUACACCGCCAUUUGCUCUUUGAUGGGUUCUCUUUCGGUUAUGAGUGUUAAAGCUCUUGGUACAUCCUUAAAGUUGACUUUUGAGGGGACAAAUCAGUUAGCAUAUCCUGAGACGUGGUUCUUUAUGCUUGUGGUGGCUAUUUGUGUGCUGACACAGAUGAAUUACCUGAACAAGGCACUUGAUACGUUUAACACGGCCAUUGUAUCACCGAUUUAUUACGUGAUGUUUACGUCACUGACAAUACUUGCAAGCAUCAUAAUGUUUAAGGAUUGGUCUGGUCAGAGCCUUGGAAGCAUUACUUCUGAAAUAUGUGGCUUGAUUGUCGUGUUGUCCGGUACCAUUUUGUUGCAUGUCACAAAGGAUUACGAAAGAAUCCCACAAUCGAGAAGCCUUUAUGCACCGCUGUCUCCCACGUCGGCAACAAGAUUGAACGGAGAACUACUGAGGCACGUCGAGGAUGAUGCGAGGAGAACCGACGACGAAGAGAAAGUCUUGAGACGGCAGGAGAUGUACUAGCCAUGUUGGACGAUGGCAGCGAUGGAUGACGGAGCAGCUGUGAUCAACACAUUGCCGGCUACUCCAUUGUGUUGUGUUGGCCUGUACAUAAUUUGGUAUUGCAGAAGCUGGAAGAUACGGUAUCCGGGAGACGGCGGAGUUUCACCAGAUAGGACAUGUGCACAGAUUGUUGCCAAGUUUUUUUUUCUCCUCAUCCGUAAUUUUUCUUUUUUCCCUUUUCAUUUUUGUUCACAACAUUUCUUCUUCUUCUUCUUCUUCUUCUCUUUGUACAGUUUGAGUUUGUUGACUUGUUCAGAGCGAUCAGGCGGAGCUUUCAUGCAUCUGAACUAUGAAUCUUGUACAUUCUGUUAGCGCCGUUCUCGUAGAAUUCCUUUUUCUUUUCUUUUUUGUUUCAGCACCUAUGUUUGAGGAUAACCAAUAAUUUAUCCCAGAAAAGGACUUAUGAUCAGUUUGGAACAUGGAUCCUUAUUUCAA